AUGAUACCCCGUACAUUAUUAAGAAAUUGGGUUUCUUUACGUCAUUUUUUUCAUAAAUAUUCAUAUACAGUUCAACAUAAAAUUAAAAAUAUAAACUAUAUUGGGAUUGGUAUAUUCACAAGUAUUAUAGUUUAUAGUACUUCAGGAAUUACAGUAUUAGCAGCCCAAAAUGAGUUAGAUAUAAAAAGAUUUAUGGCACAACCUAUUACUGAUGUUAAGGAAUUAAGAAAAAGACAGGAUAUGAGAAAGAAAAUGGAAUUAUUAGUAAUGACAACUCAAGCAGAUUUUUGUAAAGCUCUGGAGUCCUUAGAAGAUCCAAAUCACCGUUUUAAAGUUGAUAGAUGGAUUAGAAAGGAAGGUGGCGGAGGAAUUACUUGUGUUUUACAAGAUGGAGUUAUUUUUGAAAAGGCUGGUGUAAAUGUAUCUGUUGUCACUGGUACAUUACCACCAGGUGCAGUACAGCAAAUGAGAGCACGUGGAAAAAAUAUGCAAGAAGGAUCUGUACCAUUUUUUGCAGCUGGUGUAAGUGCUGUAAUUCAUCCUCGUAAUCCCAUGAUUCCAACAAUACAUUUUAACUAUCGCUACUUUGAAGUAGAAAAUUCAGAUGGUUCAAUUCAAUGGUGGUUUGGAGGUGGUACUGAUCUUACACCUUAUUAUUUAAAUGAAGAUGAUAUAAAACAAUUUCAUAAGACUUUAAAAAUUGCAUGUGAUAAACAUGAUCUUUCAUUUUAUCCAAAAUAUAAAAAAUGGUGUGAUGAUUAUUUUUUUAUUACACAUAGAGGAGAACGUAGAGGAGUAGGUGGUAUCUUUUUUGAUGACAUUGAUACACCUAGUCAAGAAGAGGCAUUUCAAUUUGUAAAAUCUUGUGCAGAAGCUGUAAUUCCUUCUUACAUUCCAUUAGUUGAAAAACAUAAAAAUGAUAGAUAUGGAUAUGCUGAAAGGCAAUGGCAAUUAUUACGUAGAGGAAGAUAUGUUGAAUUUAAUUUAAUAUAUGAUCGUGGUACAAAAUUUGGUUUAUAUACACCUGGAGCACGAUAUGAAAGUAUAUUAAUGUCUUUGCCUUUGUCAGCAAAAUGGCAUUAUAUGCAUGAACCAGAACCUGAUUCAAAAGAAGCAGAACUUGUUAAUGUAUUGAGAAAUCCUAAAGAAUGGUUAAAGUAAUAUAAAAAAACUCUGUUAAUGAAACUAUUAUCUUUUAAUUUAAUUUAAAAUAUAAUUCAAUCCAAUAAUUUUGACUUAUAUAAUAAAUUUUUUUUUAAUUAUUGUUAUUUUCAAGUGCAAUAUCAAUUAAGUACAAUCAAUUACAAGAAUAUAAAUUAAGAUAUAGAAUAACAUUAUAUUUUUUAAACAUUUAAAUAUAUUUUCGAAAUAUAAGAAAGACAUUACAUAUAUAAAUUUUAUAUAAAAGUAAUAUUCUUAUAUACUACACAAUUUUGUGUAUGUAUGCAACACAGGUGCUCAUAUCUUUAUUUUUUAAUAUUAUUUUAAAUAUUGAAAAUAUUACUUAAAUAUAUAUGAUAAUUAUUUAUAUCUUUUCAAAUAUUGCAUAAAUUUAUUUUAGACAUGUAAAAGCAGAUGAUAAUAACAAAUUUGAUAUAUUUUAAUUUUAUUUAAUAAAAUAUUCAGUCUUAUAUAGAGCAUAUUUAUACAUUGCACAUAUAAAAUUAUAAAAAUCAUAAAAUAUGAAAAUUUAUUGUACAAAAAAUCAUUGGUGAAAAAUUUAAUUAAGUUAAUUAAAAUAUUCUUAAAUCUAAAAAUUUAUAAAGGAAGCAAAUCUCAGUAAAGAUAUAUUUUUAGUUACAAGUAUAUAAUUCUUGAGCACUCUUUUUACAAAACAAUUUAUGUACAAAGCAAAGAAAUAAAUCAUGUAGAAUUCAUAAAAA